CUAGAUUGACUCUCAGCUUAUAGCACCUACUCUGGCCAUGAGCUUCUGCAGGCUUCUUCUGAGAUAAGACUUUUCGAUUAUAGAAGAAAUGAAUAUGCGGAGGUGCAAUACGACAGCGUGAUACUCGCUCUACAAUCAUUUCUUUGGAGUAUGCCCAGGUUUCCACCGAGCCAAACUUCCGUAUAGUCGAUCUAUGAAGUCGCUGACUUCGACAUCGACAUCAGCCAAGGCUGAUGUAUCCGGGAUAUUUUCAGCUGUGAGCGACGCCGAUGCUUCGGGCGCGCGAGUGCAGAUCGGAGUUGCGGAUCGAAUAUUCGCUCUCGGGGUUAGAAUUCGGCAUCAGAUCACGCUCUCGAGCAGUGAUCCCUCGAAUACUUCGAAAUCUUUCAUUGAAAUGCAUCGCUUGGCUUGUUUGCCCAUAUCGGAUGAUAAAGCUCACUCCAAUGAUGUCGAGAAGUCGAAAGUUGCGAUCUCAUAUUUGCGAGCUUUCUGUCAUAAUCAGUUACAUGCCUAUCCUUUCUCUCAGGUACCAUUAGCAUACAUCAGGGGGUUUGUGAAUGCAUGUGUAUUAUCUGCACUAUUCCGUCUCGAGUAUGUAUUGCUAAAACAGCCGAAAGAGGUUGGAGAAAAGUUUCCUGCAGACGCCGUUGUAUCUGACUUGGACACUGCUCUGAUAGUAGGUGGCCCUGCUGUCUCUGAUGAUCUGAGAAAGCUGGUAAACGAGCUGUUCAUAAUCCUGAAAGACGUCAAGAUAGAUGAUCGCCAAUCGCAAAGAAAGCUUGCAUCCAAGUUUUUGUGUCCUCCAGGUCUCAAAGAAAAGAUUCUAGCGAGGUACAUCAUCGACUCUCGAUUUGCAGUUCCCUCUAUUGACUCUGCCGAGAAUUUGGAAGGUCAAUUACAAAAGACGAGCAUGGUGUCGUCAAUUGAAGGAUUAUCAAAACAAGACCCGCAAACCUCUUUGCGGCCGGUUUAUAUACCUGGUUUGGCCAGGUCGUGGCCAGCAUCUCAGAAAUGGAACGACUCUGAGUACUUGCUGGCAGUUACCAAUAAUGGUAUGAGGGUAGUGCCGGUCGAAAUCGGCUCAAGUUAUGUCUCCGAUUCUUGGGGUCAAAAACUGUGCAAAUUUGGCGAUUUGCUACAAGAGUGGUUAUCACCUUUGGAUGGUUCUUCGACUGGGAGACCUGUCUCCUAUAUGGCACAGCACGAUCUAUUGAAGCAAAUUGCGCCCUUACGAUCUGAUAUUGCCAUCCCGGAUAUCAUUUAUAGCACUCCGUCUUUUACAUAUAACCCUGACGAGCCAAUCACUAUUAAUGCUUGGAUUGGCCCAUCCGGUACUAUAUCUCCGCUCCAUACAGAUCCUCACAACAAUAUUCUCACCCAAGUCGUCGGUUUCAAAUAUGUUCGCCUAUAUCCCCCGACUAUCACCGGAUAUAGUAUGUAUCCGCGUUCAGAAGACGGUUUUGAUAUGAGCAACACGAGUGAAGUCGAGCUUGAGCUAGGGUGCUACGGCGCUCUAUUUGGCGACGGAAAUAGUUUUGAUGAUAUAGGGUCCGUCCCGUCUGAAAGCGAGAUGAGCCCUGGGGUGGGUGCUGAGUCACAAGAGACACCUACAUUCAGCGACCAGUUGGCUGCAAUUCGAUCUCGAAUGCGAGAGAAGCGGGAGUAUAGGGAUCAGUAUGGCGACUUUUGCUGGGAUCAUGGCUAUUACGAAUGCAUACUGAAACCAGGUGAUGCUCUGUUUAUUCCCGGAGGCUGGUGGCAUUAUGUUAGAAGCUUAUCAAACAGCUUCAGCGUUAACUUUUGGUUCGGAGCAACUCUAAAGCCUACCACUACAAGCUAGUAGAUGUUGAUAUAUAAUAUUAUAUUCUCAUGUGUUACUAUUGUUAUCAUUUUGGCUGCUGCUCUUAAGUAAAAAUCAGCUGCCUCGAGUAAGAAGUCUUAAAAAGAUCUUUACUCGCCGGCGGCCUCAGCUUGCGCCUUGAUGAACGCACCAGGCUCAGCAGGCAUAAGCGCGCCCUCAGGAGGCUUGUUCUUGGACUUGAAGUCGGCGGCCAUGUCACCCAUAGUGCACCACU